GUCAGCUGUCUUUUGUGUUUGUCACUAGCCUUGAUGUCUUAUUUCCUUUUCUCAAAUUGCAUUCCUCCAAGCUGCAGCAAAUCUGGAACCGUGCAGAUCUUUUCUAUCACUGUGCUGCGUUUUCAUGGUCGUUUGUUUCUCGUUUUUACGUCAGAUGCAGAGGUCGGUGGCUUCGCGUGGCUUCGGAAAGCACUCCGGCACACUGAAGAGAAAAAGAUGGGGGGGUUUGAGACGGCGGUGGGAGCUUUUGGGCUUAUUUGAAAUUGAUCAGCACCACGAAUUCUACAGCCUGACUUGCAUGAUGAAGGAGGGAUUGUCUACGUCCAUCCAAGCUACCGUUGACCAGGCAUCUACAAAUCAACUGUUAGAAGCUGAUUUCAGAGCAGAGGACACUCACGUUCACGAGGGCUUCACGUUGGAGACCUUUGCUGGCCCGGUGUUUUCCAAUCUACGGGGAUCUUUAGGGGUGACAGAACUGGAGUAUCAGCGAUCUCUCUGCUCUGACAAGUGCUACCUUCAGUUCAUCAGCAACUCCAAAAGCAAGGCUGACUUCUUUCUCACGAAUGAUAAACGCUUCUUUUUGAAGACCCAGAAUGAAAGGGAAAUCCGAUUCCUUCUGGACAACCUCAAGGACUACAUGGCACAUUUGCGGAAGUACCCCCAUUCUCUUCUGGUGAAGCUGCUAGGUGUUCACAGGAUCAAAAUUUCACGCAGGCGAAAGAAAUACUUCAUCGUGAUGCAAAGUGUGUUUUAUCCAGAUGAUCGAAUCAGCGCCAGGUACGACAUUAAAGGCUGCGAAGUGAGUCGCUGGACAGAUCCUUCACCAGAUGGAUGCCAGAUUAUUGUGGUCCUCAAAGACCUCAACUUUGAAGGGCAGUACGUCACCCUCGACCGGCAGCGUCCCUGGCUCCUGCGGCAAAUGGAGAUCGACACGGACUUUCUCCGAAGCCUCAACGUGUUGGAUUACAGUCUCCUCCUCGCCCAUCAGCCUCUGCAACAAGACGAACGUCACCACGCUCUCUCCUUCGCCUCGCUAAUCGCGAGAACCAAGCGAUCUGUGAAUCCAAGCGCCAGCCCUGUCUGUAAUAUCCCUGCCGUGCCGGGGGCAGUCCCAGAGGAUAACUCUAUUUUCAUCUCAUCUGACAUUGAUAGUGACAGUUUGAAGCGAGGGCAAGCGGGAGACGGCCGAAGCGGCGACGCACAUCGCCGGCGCGUUGCUGCCGGUGAAACUGAAGAGCUCCCAGACUUCGAGGUCCAAAACAGACGUUUACUGCUCAACUUAAAGAAUGCUCUGCAUGUCAUCGAUGGACCGGAUCAACGCUACUUCAUUGGCAUCGUUGACAUUUUUACAGUUUACAGUUUAAAGAAAAGACUGGAAUAUUGGUGGAAGAGACUGAGGCACCCGGGCCGGACGUUCUCCACAGUAAGUCCGCAGACUUACUGCGCUAGGCUGUGUCAGUGGGUGCUGGAGCACACCAAGUAGUCGCCCGCCGCCGGUCACCCAGCGCCCGGGACCAGGUGAGGAGAAGCCGUAUCGAAGACGAAUGGAUGAAUAAGACAACUUGGCCUAAACCGUUUCGAAUGAAGUCCAGGAGGCGUCACGAGGAAACACGAGCACCAACGCUGCCCAGCCAAAUAAAAAGACAAAACUCCCAAUAUUUUGCUGUACCGCCUAUGAUUAUGCCAUGCUUUCAUGCCGGUCAUCAAUUUAAAAGCCUUGCAAAAUCA